AUGUUGUUAACAGAUGCUCCACAUAUUCUGUCACAUGUGAUUUCGUCGGUCGCUACUGAAGAAGAUACAUUUCAUCAGCCAUUUCUUCAUAUGUCUAGAGAAAAUGCUCGUACUGUUGCGGAUGUUCAUGGGCGUAUGGAAGAAGAAUGUGAAACAGUGAAUAAUAUGACAGAUGGUGAUUUUGAUUUUAAUCAUGGUUUAGCUUAUUGA